AUGAUCGGUGGUGGUGGUGAUGGUGGUGGAUCUGAUACAGUUAUCAUCACCAGUGAGUGUACUCAAGUCAUUCUGCCGACCGUCGCCCCCAUCUCACUUCCCACCAACAGUGUGAAAUUACUUCUAGACUGUUGCCCUUCAAAUCUCACACCGGCCUCAACAGUCAUUUGCGACAUCAACAAACUGCAAAUGGCAAACCAGCGCCUGCAGCUCCUACACACGUCCGUCACCUACACUUUCCAUAAGAUAUUCAGACAUCCGAUGCACCUUUACGGCUAUGUGUGUCUCCAUGAAAAUGUUCUCUAAAAUAGCACAAUUGAGACCCCAUCAGAAAACACUGCCCUACCUGCGCAAACGGAACCCAUCGGGCUACAGAUGAUCUAAUAAAUAUCAGCUGCGUAUCAUACAACACUUAUGCAAAUGCGAGCGAUGAGACGGGUCGUUGUCGGUAUGACGGAUGAGAGGCCACGCGUAAUGCACUGUUGCGCCAUCCUCGUUUGUGCAGUGGUGCACAUCGCCGAUUGCGGCAAUUGAACCAUACUUCUGGCGUUUACUCGAUGGCUGACGGCCUAUCCUGCGCCUGGAGAGCAAGCACUGCAAACUGCAGGAUUUAUGCACUGCCUCAGCAUCCACCCACAUCGUAUGGGGACAGGCCUCGCUUUUUUGCAUAUGAACCCAAUGGGAGAUGAAUAAAAACAUCUCUCAUGUCCCCAAUCUCUGGACUGAUAGGGAAGACAUGUUUCAAACAGUCAGAGUCACAGAUUGGACUGAAUAUGUGCGGAUGAAGGUCACUUGCGCUAGAACGACAUGAGCCUCAUAAAGACGGAGUUUUCGGAUGAACCACGCAGAUGGAACGUGAAAACGUGCCAAGCAUAGAGUAGUCAGAGGCACUGCAGUGAACGACAUCAGUAUAGUCAAUGGGAUUUCAUUGUUAGAAGCCAGACUGACAUGAGAGAUUCACCCAGUCAACACGUGAACACGUGCUUGCGUAGACCAAAUCACCACAAAACCGUCCAUUCUCGUAUAAGCAAUGGCGUAUGUGGGCGGGCACAUCCUGUUUACACGAAUAAAUGCGCCAGCUGCCGAAAUGUGUAUAAAAGGCAGCAAAUGCUGCGGAUUCCUUCAAUCUAUAGGAGAACUAGCAUGUCUGCAAACUGUUCAGGACUGUGGUGGCAUCCUCUUCUUCUCUUCUCCCUCUUCUGCUUCAUCGUUCUGCUGAAUGCAGCCACCCCACAGGCGGCCUCAGUGGAAAGAAUCUUAUCAGACGAGCUAGAGGAGGCGGAGGCGGAGAACAUAUUCAAGACAGGGUUGGAGGAGGAGGUGGAGGGUGUGCAGGCGAAUGCAGUCGAGGACGAGGCAGUUGAGGAGCCAGGACGGCCAACUAAUCCACUCAUGCCAGCCGGUUGGUGGGGACGCUUUCGUGAGCGUGUCAAACGAUUUCUGCGAGGACGCGGAUGCAGAGCAGGACGUUGCCGGCAGCCGACGCAGCAUGUGAACAUCGUCCGUAUACCCUUUUAA